AUGGUGAGAGAACACCGAGUCGACUCGUUCUACGCCAAACUCCGCCAAUCGGCACACUCCUCGUCCGCUUCCUCCCCCAUUCUCAUUUUCCCUUCAACCUCCGAUGUCGAUUCUCUCUGCGCACUCAAAAUCAUUUUCCGAAUCCUCGAAUCCGAUUCCAUUCAGUACGCUUGUUAUCCAGUUUCUUCCUUCCGCGAGAUUCACAGUUACGCAACUUCAACCCAAAACGACGGUCCUAUCUCUGUCGUUUUAAUCAACUGGGGCUGUCACAAGGAUCUCCGCAAAAUCUUAAAGCUAGGUCCAAACGCUCGUAUCUUCGUUAUUGAUAGUCACCGUCCGAUUCAUCUUCAUAAUCUCAGUGACCAAAACGACACUGUCGUUGUUCUCUUUACUCAAGAGGAUGAGAAACAAGCAGAUCUGGCUUAUGAUUUCGAGUUUCCUCUUACCGCUUUAGCUAAUGCUUCAACAACGAUUGAUUCGGAUUUGGAGUCUGAUUCUGAUUCCGAGUCCGGUUCGGAUACAGAUUCAGAUUCCGAUGGAAUGAGAAAUAAAAGGAAAAGAAAGAGGGAUUCGGAAGAUGGAGAAAACGAACAAGGGGAAAAAGAUGAAGAAGAACAUCAAGAUGCGGUUAGGUUGUAUAGAAAGAGGAAGAAAGAGUAUUAUGGAUUGGGAACAUUUCAUGGGAAGCCUUCUGGUUGUUUGAUGUACGAGCUUGCUCAUUUUCUGAGGAAGAAUACGGAUGAAUUGCUUUGGUUAGCUUGUGUUGCAUUGACGGAUCAAUUUGUUCACGAGAGGCUGAGUGAUGAGAGGUAUAGUGAUGGGGUUAUGGAGUUGGAGCAAUAUAUAAACAGUUCUGGUAAUUUGGAUGCUGUUAAUUCUGUUACUCUUAAGGAUGGGACGAAAAUUAGGGUGCCAAAUUCGUCGCGAAUUGCUUAUGAGGAUGAACCAAAGCUUAUGCUGUUGCAGGAGUGGAAUUUGUUUGAUUCAAUGCUUUGUAGUUCGUAUAUUGCUACGAAGUUGAAGACUUGGAGUGAUAAUGGGAUGAAGAAAUUGAAGCUUUUGUUGGCGAGGAUGGGAUUUGCGCUUAUUGAUUGUCAACAGAAGUUUCAGUAUAUGAAUGUUGAGGUGAAGAGAAAGAUGAAACGUGAGUUUGAGAAAUUUUUACCUGAAUAUGGGCUUACUGAUUUUUAUUACCGUGGAUUUUUGCGGGUCCAUGGUUAUAGUUCAAGAGUUUCUGCUGCGGAUGUUGUUUAUGGUGUUACUGCACUGUUGGAAUCGUUUGUGAAUUCAGAUGGAUCCUGUGUUUCGACUCAAUUCAAUGUGGCGUUUGAUGCUCUUUCUAUGAACAAUGUUGAUAAACUCAAAGCUGGGAUGCAACAAGCUAUUAAGGUCCAGAGAUCAAUUUUGAGGCAGGGAAGUCUUGCGAUUAUGAAAAGCGGUUGCAUUAGAAGUGGAAGGAAGUUUCGAUGGGUGAAGCUCGAGGAUUCAACGGAUUCUAAAUUGUUGGGGUACCCUCAAGCUUUGACAAAGUUCUGUUAUUUUCUAAUGGAUGCUUUGAGAGAAAAGGGUGCAAGGAUGAAGCCUUUGAUUUGUGCUUGUGUGUCCCAGGAUCCAAAUAAAGUUCUUAUUGUUGGGGUUUGUGGAAGGCCUCGUUUGGCUGCUGCUCAAGGGAAUGCAUUCGGGGUUGCAUUUAGAAGUGCGGCCGAGGAUGUUGAAAGUGAGUUUUUCCAUGAGUUGUUUGAGUCAUCUUGGAUUGUGUUAGAAUCUAAAUUUCUUAAUUCUUUCAUGGUUAAGUUGACUGAGAAACUUUGA